CACGCACUCACAGCGCGCAGUUAACCCCCGGGAGCGGCAGGAAGGGAGGUGGCGAGCGGGGGGAGGGAGCCCAAUCGCGCGGUGCCCCCGCCCCGGCCCCGCGCGGCGCCGCCUCUGCCAUUGCUGUGAGCGGGAGCGGGCGACGCGGAGGCUCGGAGUGCGGUCGGAGUCCAGACCUGCCGGAGCCGGGCGUGGGGCGGCAGCCUCGGGUCUUCCGGAACCAUGGUGAAGUUGGGGAACAAUUUCGCGGAGAAGGGCACCAAGCAGCCGCUGCUGGAGGAUGGCUUCGACACCAUCCCCCUGAUGACGCCCCUUGAUGUCAAUCAACUGCAGUUCCCGCCCUCGGAUAAGGUGGUGGUGAAAACUAAGACUGAAUAUGAACCUGACCGCAAGAAAGGCAAAACACGUCCUCCCAAGAUAGCUGAGUUCACCGUCAGCAUCACCGAGGGUGUUACCGAGAGGUUCAAGGUGUCCGUGCUGGUGCUCUUUGCCCUGGCCUUCCUCACCUGUGUCGUCUUCCUGGUUGUCUACAAGGUGUACAAGUAUGACCGUGCCUGCCCCGACGGCUUCGUCCUCAAGGGGGCGGCUUGUCUUUCAGAACACCCAGUGCAUCCCAGAAGGCUUGGAGAGCUACUAUGCGGAGCAAGACUCCAACGCCCGGGAGAAGUUUUACACCGUCAUCAACCACUACAACCUGGCCAAGCAGAGCAUCACCCGCUCGGUGUCGCCGUGGAUGUCAGUUCUGUCCGAAGAGAAGCUCUCAGAGCAGGAGACGGAGGCUGCUGAGAAAUCCGCUUAGCGAGAUGGGCAGGUUCCUUACAGUGUCGCUGGAAGGUAACGAAGGGACUCUGAGGGAGAUUUCAUUAGCUAGAAUUACUGGUAAUUUAGAGGCUACUCAUGUACGGUGCCACUGCUUCUGUUUGCUAACGCUGCUCUGCGAAUACAGCUUGCUGCAGGCCAUGGGCUGAAAUCAAGGGCAUAUCAGCGCUGCUAAAAGAGCUCUGACACCACUUGCCAUGGCAAAGAGUCUUAAUUUAGCAACUUUACUGGGAUUUAUUGGAUGCUGUCAAAAAAUAAAUUUACACUGGAUAUGCAAGGGGUUCAGACUUCAGAUAAAUGAUGCAUUUUGUGGGAUUGUUUUUUUUUUUUAAAACCACCUUGCCGUUUGGAGACCUUACACCAUAGCCAUAUCUAGAGUGGUCCCUUGCUUUGCUAAGAGCAAGCUGUACUGCACGUUUCUUCCCCCCUCCCGCCAAUGGCAAUAGUGCCAGUGGUCAAGAUGCACCAUAGUGAGCGUCAGAGGGAAGGAAGGAAAGAUGCCAUCAGGUCGCAGUUGUGCCCUCGCCUGCCCCGUGCUCACUCCUGAGCGCGCAGGCGCUGUGGCAGGUCGGCUCGGGCAGGGGUCACUGCUGCAGGCAGAAGGCUGCCUCUUGGUACAGAGGGCGCCCGCUGGGCAGGGGAGCCGUGUUUCCCUCAGUGCAUGUGGACUGGGUCAGAGCAUGUGAGGUGGGGACUCUGGGAAGAGGGGACCCUGGGCCACAGGCUGCAGAACCCGUCUCCCUGUAGCUAGUCUGUCUGCUCUGUGAUGGGCUGAGUAGGAAUGAAACCUACCGGCCCUUUUGUUCACAUCUAUUAUGAAUAAGUUUGCACCGACAGCUGUAUUAGCUACUUAGUUUUAAAACAAUUAGCUGGGUGAGAAAAGUGAAAGUGUAAUUGCUGGUAAGCCAAGGCUACUUUAAUUUUUAUUUUGUGGGACAGAUGUAACUCCUUUGAUGUAAGAAGCAGGCAGGAAAGGCUGGGGGGGGGGGGGGCUGGCGUCGCACCUUGCAAGUCCAGUUAUGACAUUUUCAUUCACAAUCUUUGUAAGACAAUUAUGUUUCAUCCUGAAUCUUGACAUUAAAGUAUAUGUUUCCAAAAUUGCCAGUUAGAUAAACUAAGUGUGUAAGAUGAUUAAAUAGAAAAAAAGACGUUCAUGGACAUUUUCUUCCAUGUUAUUUAAAUGUGUUGUUUCUGGUGGACAUGUCAAAAGUUUCACUGUUUUUUUAGCUCAAAAAUAAAUGACAAAUAGUGCAAGAUCUGUUGCGAACAAGCAUGGUGGUCAUGGCCAACUCCAUUACUGUUUCCUGAAAUGUGCUUCCGAAACAUACAGUAUAUUUUAUUAUCAAGGGUGUUUGUUUGGAAACAACGACCAUGACCUCGGAGCAGUGGGUGGGCGUAGAGUCAUGGACGUUGUGAAGCUGUGCCGACGCAUAAGAGCAAUAACCGCGUGCCAGAACUUCUGUGGAGACAGCGUCUAUCAGCAGAUUCCAGCCCGUGUCAAUGCAGUGUCAAGGCAGCCCUAUUUGUAUUUUCUAGGAGACAUGUAUUUUAUUGACUGUAAGCUCAUUCACAUGUAACUUUUGACAUUUUCCCUCUGUGCAAAUAAAGAACACAGGAUCCCC